ACUGCAGUUACAAAUGCGUAAUUCUUUGAUGUCGUAAUAUUAAACUUUGAUAUAUAAAGUGAUUUUAAAAUUGGAAAGAUACUUUAAAUAUGAAACUUAAACCGCCAGUAGGUGGUGUCAAGUUACUGUUAAUGAGCGAAUUAUUGAGUCAUUCAUUUAGCUGAUACGUUCAAAUGGCUGAUCAUUUCAGGAACAAAGUUUUUGACUUUCUUAAUGAGUGAGUCAUUGAAUCAUUUACUCAACUGAUUUGUUCAAGUGGACUGAUGCAUUCAGUAAUGAAACACUAAAUUGUGUUGCUCAGAGAUGCAAAACUGUGGAUGGAACCAUUUUUGUUGACGAAAUAGAGCAAAACAGGCAGUCUAAAAUGUCAGUAAUUAAUAUUAAUGUUGUAAACUUUUGUUUAAAAUCAGUAUCAUAUUUGCAGUCAUGCUGAAAUCUGGGGAAAACACGACUGUCUUUGCAUCAUUGAUUAACUAUAUCAUAUGAAAUGAAUAUAGCCUAAAAGACAAAUACUCAAUACAGGGGUAUUUUUACUUGCAUUAAACUGAAUAAAUAAAUAAAUAAAUAACACAGUGAGAGAGAACACUCUUAAUGCAAUGUAACCUAAAUCAAAAAGGCUACAUCACACAGUGCAUUAGUGACUCUCUAGGUGUGUUUUUUUUUUUUUUUUUUUUUUUCUUUUUUUGGCUUUUGCAAAGUAAGAGACAUACUUGAUAAUGUCAGAUUGAACAUCAUUAAAACAACAAUUAGAAUAUAUUAUCAUAGAUGAUAUAUAUCGCACACCCCCACUUAAAUUAAUUUUCACUACAUCAAAAUAAUUCAAAUUAUUUUUCUUUCAUUUCAGUCCUGAUGGAAGUGAAGGAGGAGAGUGAAGAACUGAGUGAAGUGGAGGAGAAACAUCAUGACAAACCUGGAGAAAAACCUCUGAGUCGCUCAAAGACUAAAAAGACAUUUUUAAAGAAAAGAAGAGCCGAGAAAUCUACAACCUGCACUCAGUGUGGAAAGAGUUUAUCAACCAAACAACAUCUUGAAUGUCACAUGAAAGUUCACACUGGAGAGAAGCCGUUCACAUGUGAUCAAUGUUGGAAGAGUUUCACAAGUUCAGAAAACCUUAAGUUACACAUGAGGAUCCACACUGGAGAGAAGCCAUUCACAUGCGAUCAGUGUGGGAAGAGAUUCAUACAAAAACCACAUCUUAGACAGCACAUGAGAGUUCACACUGGAGAGAAGCCGCAUGUAUGCCAGCAAUGUGGGAAGAGUUUCAGUCUAUCAGCACAACUUUUGACACACAGGAGGAUCCACACUGGAGAGAAGCCGUUCACAUGUCAUCAAUGUGGCAAAACAUUUGUUGGGUCAUCAAACCUGAAGAGACACCUGACAGUUCAUACGAAGGAGAAGCCACAUUCCUGUUCUGUGUGUGGAAAGAGUUUUUCACUGCUGGAGAGUUUACACAGACAUCAGAAAACUCACACUGGUGUGAGAGAGUACAUGUGCUUUGAGUGUGAGAAGAUGUUUACAACAGCAAAGUGUUUAAAACAGCACCAGGGAAUUCACACUGGAGAAAAACCUCACAAGUGUUCACACUGUGACAUGAGAUUCAGUCAGUUAUCAAAUCUGAAAACACAUGAGAGGAUCCACAGCAGAGAGAAGCUGCACACGUGUGAUCAGUGUCAUCUUUGGCAGGAGACAUUUACAUUUGCAUUUAGUCAUUUAGCAGACACUUUUAUCCAAAGUGACUUACAAAUGAGUCGACUUACAAAGGAGACAUAAAUUAUUGUAAUGGAGGAGUGGAGUUAUGUGGGGAACAGACAAUAAGAAAUCAGUUUGCAGAGAAUGUAAGAGACCCCUCACAUUGUAGAGAAUUAAAAUGGUUGAUCAGACAAGAUCCAAACAUAAAUUUCUCAGUUUUGCGGAGAGAAGCGAUGCUGUUUUGGGAAGAAAAUAUGUGCCUGACAGAGCCCCCUACAGUUUAGCACCAGAAGGUGCAGCGGUCGAAUGUUCCGGUAUUACUACUACAAAUAUCCCUGAUAAGACUGAUUCUCUUCUUUUUGAGCUUAGGGAGGCUAUGAGGAAACAGGAGGAGAAAUUAGAGGGCCUUGCACAAUAGGUAGCACGACUGCAAGUUUAUGAAAGGAGACAGGGACAGGAGCCCAGGUAUGAUUCAGCAGGAAGACCUAUUUGUUUUAGAUGUCAGGGGGUAGGACAUAUUGCAAGAUUUUGUUCAGAUAUAAAUGCUGUUAGUGACAAUCAGGCAACAUCAUCUGAGUUGGCUUGGGGGACAGCUUUCCCAGCUAAAUAUGCAACAGGGAAACAAAUUCCCUCUGUAGUUAGGAGCCAGACUACAGGAGGGGAACAGUUGGGCUCAGAUGGUUCCACCAUUUUAUGGGAAAGAGUAUUUAAUGCACCUACAGGGCCAACCCCGGUUAUGGAUCUAUAUAUAGGGGAAGUAUGUGUUCCAUCUAUGAUAGACACAGGCUCCAUGGUCACUAUUAUAACAGAGAGUUUCUUUAAGGAACAUUUUGAGUGUAAAGGGGAGGAUAUCCUAAAAGAAUGUGGGUGGCUGACUUUAAAAGCAGCAAAUGGCCUUUCUAUACCUUAUUUGGGUUAUUUAGAACUUGAUGUUAAAAUUAUGGAUAAGGUAUUGCUACAGCAUGGUGUUCUGGUGGUGAAGGAUCCAACAGAUCCUGUAACAAAAUUGAAAAGGAAAACUGUUCCAGGAUUGGUUGGCAUGAAUAUAAUAAAAGGCUGCAAUGAAAUUUUGUCUGGUCCUUUUAAUGUAGUGCCACCAGGACAAUGUGCCCAAGUGUAUCAAGGUUUUACAAAAGUGAUGGCCGCCACACCUGUAUUAGUACCUGCAGGCUCUAUGUGUUUGGUCCCCGCUACAGGAUUUCAGAGCACUUGUGAUUUAGAUAUUGGUUUGGUAGAAGGGUUAGAGGUAGAUGAAGGGAUUUUACCUGGUGCCCUUGUGUCUCCAGGUUUGGUAAGGGUUCAAGGCGGCCAGCUAGCUGUUGCUAUUGUAAAUGCUGGUGCUUUAGAUAUCAGCUUGGCCCCUCACACACGGCUGGCACGUUUGCUUGUAGCUGAGGUAGUAGCAGGAGGUUCAAAGCCCAUUUCUUUUCAAAACAUAGGCCAUGGGGAGGUUCAGAUCUCAUUAUGUUCAGAAGAGGCUUUGGUUUUUAGUCAUGAGGCCGGAUCUACUCUUUCAGAUGAUUUUCACUUUGAAUGUCCCUUUUUGGAAAGCCAACAGAUAGCUCAGCUCAGCUGAUGUGUUCACUUUCAGUGAUAAUGACUUAGGGUGUACUGCAAUCAUACAGCAUGAGAUACCAGUCAUGGAUGAUGUCUCAGUUCGUCAGCGUUAUCGCCGUCUUCCUCCAAGCCAAUAUGAAGAGGUGAAGGAUCAUAUUAGACAGCUUUUGGAGCAGGGUAUUAUUAGUGAGAGCUGUAGUCCCUAUUCCUCACCUUUGGUUAUUGUUAAGAAAAAAGAUGGCAAUACGCGUAUGUGUGUUGACUAUAGACAGUUAAAUUUAAAGACAAGAAAAGAUGCUUACCCACUCCCUAGGAUAGAGUCACUUGAUGCCCUUAGUGGGGCCUGACCUUGGACCUUGCUAGUGGUUAUCAUCAAGUGGAAGUUGCUGAGAAAGACAGACAGAAGACUGAUUUUGUACUCCAUUUGGGCAGUAUCAAUUUAAUCGUAUGCAUUUUGGGCUUUGUAACGCCCGGGGAACAUUUCAGCGACUUAUGGAAAGGAUUUUAGGUGACCAACAUUUUCAGUCUUUGCAUUUAUAUUUAGAUGACGUGGUUGUGUUCUCAUCAUCUUCUGAACAACAAAUUAGUCAUCUUAGGUUAGUUCUAUCACGUUUUUGGGAAUGUGGCUUAAAAGUAAAAUGGAGCAAAUGUGCGCUUUUUCAGCGCCAUGUUUCUUAUCUUGGACAUGUAAUAUCUGCUGAGGGGGUUGCAACAGAUCCUGAAAAGACUCGGGUGGUGGCCCAUUGGCCAUGACCAAGUACGGUAACUGAACUUAAAUCCUUUUUUGGCUUUGCAGGAUACGAUUUGUUGAAAAUUUAUCUUGGUUAGCAGCGUCUCUUCAUGCUCUGGCAGCAUUGCUGCACCAAAGGCAGGUAAAGCAAAGAUCACUAGAGUGCCUCUUUCUGAGUUGUGGGGUUCUGAGUGUGAGUCCGCUUUCCAGGUAUUAAAAGAGAAGUUAGUGACGGCAUGGCAGUCCAACAGCAGGCUGACCCCAUUUUUGCAAGGUUUCUUGUGUAUUGGAGUCAGCAAGUUAAACCCGGCAAAUUGGCGAGGGCUAAAGAGGAUGGUAAGACCUUGGAACUCCUGCGGCAGUGGGAGAAGUUGAUAGAGGAGGAAGGAGUUUUGUAUCGUCAAUUUGUGGAUACUAGACAAGGCCAAAUUAAACAGGUGCUUCUACCUCAGAGCCUGAAGGAGGAAGUCCUUCUUGGGCUACAUGAUGAACAUGGGCAUCAGGGUGCUGGUUAGAGCUAGAUGCUGUUGGCCAGGAAUGUUUCAAGAUAUUGAAAUGUAUUGUAGGCAAUGUGAGAGAUGUAUUGUGACAAAAGCCCUAGUGCCCAAGCUAGUAACUGAAAUAGGCAGUUUGUUAGCUAGAAGACCAUUUGAAGUAAUAGCUAUGGAUUUGACCAUUUUAGAGCCUUCCAGUGAUGGUAAGGAGAAUGUCUUAGUAUUUACUAAUGUUUUCUUGAAAUUUGUGGUUGCAGUACCUACCAGGGACCAAAAAGCAGUGACCAGGACCAGAUCUCUUGUUAGGGAGUAGAUUCACAAGUAUGGAGUUCCCCAAUGAAUUCAUUCGGAUCAGGGGAGAUGUUUUGAGGCAGAAGUGGUUCGAAACUUAUGUAAAAUGUAUGGGAUUAUGUCGAACUACCCCCUAUUACCCACAGGGCAAUGGCCAGUGUGAGAGGUUCAAUCGAACCUUGCAUAACUUAUUAAGGACUCUCUCACAAUCCAAGAAAAGAAGAUGGGUAGAAUAUUUACCAAAAGUAGUGUUUGCUUAUAAUACAACUGAACAUGCGAGCACUGGCUAUAGCCCAUAUUUUCUGGUUUUUGGGCAAUCACCAAAGUUACCAGUUGACAUUUUGUUUGGGGUAAGCCAGACAGAUGCUGCAGAGUCAGUCGAUGAGUGGGUGGUGGGUCAUCAUGAGCGAUGUAAAGAGGCUUACCAAAAAGCAAGGGGACAGAUGCAGCAUAUGGCCAAAGUUAGAAAGAGACAGAUUGGUCCACCCUCAUUACAGAGUUCUUUGCAGGUGGGUCAACUGGUUUAUCGUAGGAAUCACAAUUUUUCAGGAAGACAUAAGAUUCAAGAUGUGUGGAUGUCUACACCUUUUUGAGUGAUAGCUCAGCCAGAUGACACUAAAGCUGUGUAUACAAUUGCUCCUUUGAAUGGAUCUUGCCCACCUAAAAAUGUAUACCGAACAGAAUUGAGGCCAUGUGGUCCAGGUAUGGUAGAUUCAUUCCAUCAGGAUGUGCAGAGCCAUAGUGACAUAGUCUCUGACAGUAAGUCAGAUGAAGCAUGGGUUGUGAGGGGAGAAGCCUCAACUGAAUCAUUACCAGGGGUGGGAAAUAGAUCUGAAUAUGAGUUAUGUAGUGAAUCAGGCAUGGAUUUGGGGGAGCAAGGGGAUUCAGAAGAAUUUCAAAGUUUUGAAGAAGUUAUUCAAUCACCUCCAGCCCAAUUGCGACAUUCUAGUCGGCAAACAGUAGGGAAGUUCCCUAACCCCUUUAAUUUACCCAGAUUGCUUGUGUCAAAUGGAGAUGGGUUUAUAGAGUAGAUCAUUUUUCAUAAGGGACACUAGGUGAUUAAUGCACCUGGGAAAGUUUUUUUUUUUUUUCUUUUCUUUUUUUUUCUCUUCUUUUUUUAUGUACAGGUGGUUAGUAAAAUUAAGUAAAAGAUCAUCAGGACGAUGAUCAGUGGUGGGCGGGGUGAAUGUGAUGGUUGUAAUAACUACAGUAUUUACGGUAGUCCUGUUGGGUUGGGGGAGUAAGGUACCUUCUGAUCCCAUAUCCUCUUUAUGAAUGGAGUAGCGUUAGCUCAGGAGUUAUGGCGGCAUGCACGCUGAAAAUGCCAAUUAGAUGGCUGUGAUUUUCUUGGUUUGAGGUAAAUCAAACUUUUAUUGGUGAUGUUUGAUGCAAUGGUUUUUAAACUUGUGAUAUUUUGUAUAAUCAUGUAUCAAAAUAUUUAGUGCAGAUUGUAAUGAUGGUUUGUGCAUGGACUGGAAAACAGUUGUAGUAAGCUGUUGCCAGGUACAGCAAUGCCAGAUAGAUGGCUGCGAUCUUUCUUUCUUUUUUCAUUGAGGUAAAUGAAAUUUUCAUUGGAUAUGUUCGAUGUAAUGUUUUUUUAGAUGUGAUAUUUUGAAUAAUCAUGUAUCAAAAUAUUUUGUGCAGACAGUAAUGAUGGUUUGUGUCUGGGUUGGACAACAGUUGUUGUACGCUGUUGCCAGGUAUGUUUUUAUUUAUGUAUGUUAUUUGAUGAAUGUGGGGUUUUUAAAUUUUUUUUUUUUUUUUUUUUUUUUUAUAUUGUAGCACAGUAAUGGUGUUUUUCUGGCUCUGUUUUAGGAGCUGGCCUAUGUCACUGUUUUGAAUUAUUUAAUUUGGAGUUAAAGUAGUGCAUCUUUAUAUGUGAUAUACUGGGAGGUGUUGGACCCUUGAUAUAAACUUGAUAUAACCUAAGCCUAUGUAUGUGAUGGUUUUAGAGUUUUCUUUUCUGUUGAGUUGUUAAUAAAUGAGGUUUAAAAAGA